AUGGAGGCUGCCUGGCUGCAGCCGCCGGCGAUGGCGGAGGUGCAGGCGGCCGGGCCCGGGGCGGGCUCGGUGGUGAGCGCCGAGCUGGAGGUGAAGAAGCUGCAGGAGCUGGUGCGGAAGCUGGAGAAGCAGAACGAGCAGCUGCGGAGCCGCGCGGCGGCCGCCGCCCCCCCGGCCCCGGCCAGCCCGCACCUGCUGUUGCUCCCGCCGCCAGUCCCCGCCAAAGGCUCCCCCGCAGCGGCCGGGCUGGCCUCGAGCGGCAGCCCCGGGGCCCUGUGCAUGCCGAGCCCGGCGCCCACUCUCCUGUGCACCGCUAGCCUGGGCCCGCCGGAGCCCUUCGUCUAUUUCAAGCCCGCCCUGGCUGGCCUGGCCGCGGCAGCAGGAGGCGGGCAGGAGGCCGGGAGCAUCCCCGCGGCGAGGGAAGCCACGGUGCUGGACGAGGUGGAGGUGCUGGACCUGGAGGACGGUGACUGCAGCCAGGACGAGGACACAUGGUUGUAUGUCUCGCCUACUAAGACCCUCACACCACAAGAGAAAUCAUUGAGUCCUCUGCAAUGGUGUAGACAUAUUCUGGAUCAUCCAACUCCUGAGAUAGAAGCUGCAAAACGUUCCCUAUGCUUUAGACUGGAACAAGGCUACAUUUCCAGAAGUUCUCCUCUCAGCCCCCAGUCAUCAAUAGACAGUGAACUGAGCACCUCCGAACUGGAGGAUGAUUCCAUCUCCAUGGGAUAUAAACUACAGGACCUCACUGAUGUUCAGAUCAUGGCUCGACUGCAGGAAGAGAGUCUUAGACAAGAUUAUGCUUCUACUUCAGCAUCUGUAUCAAGACACAGCUCAAGUAUCUCUCUACAUUCAGGAAAGAAAGGGACGUGCAGUGAUCAGGAAUAUGAUCGCUAUAGUCUUGAGGAUGAAGAAGAGUUUGAUCACCUGCCACCUCCACAGCCCCGACUUACUCGCUGUUCACCAUUCCAAAGAGGAAUUCCACACUCUCAAACUUUUUCCAGUAUUCGGGAGUGCAGGAGAAGCCCCACUUCACAGUAUUUCCCUCCAAAUAAUUAUCAGCAGCAGUAUUAUUCUCCUCAAGCCCAAACGCCAGAGCAGCAGCCAAAUAGGAUUAGUGGAGAUAAACUCAGAAGAAGCAUGCCUAACCUAGCUCGGAUGCCAAGUACUCCUACCAUUAAUAACAAUGCUAGCUCGCCAGUCUGUGUGAGAAACAGUCAAAGCUUUGAUUCCAGUUUACAUGGAGCCGGUAAUGGGAUUUCAAGAAUACAGUCUUGUAUUCCAUCUCCAGGACAACUUCAGCACAGAGUUCAUAGUGUGGGACAUUUCCCUGUGUCUGUCAGACAGCCUCUCAAAGCCACAGCAUAUGUAAGCCCAACUGUACAAGGCAGCAGUAGUAUUCCCUUAUCCAGCACCUUACAAUUAUAUUCUAACAGUGGAAUCCCCAUGCCAAACAAGACUGCAAAUCCUGGGACUGUAGGACGCAGUGCUCUUCCAAGACCAUCAUUGGCCCUAAGUGGGAGUAGUAUACCCAGGAGUAAAAUUGCACAGCCAGUUCGAAGUUUUCUUCAGCCUCCAAAGCCUCUUUCUUCUCUUAGUACUCUACGAGAUGGAAAUUGGAGAGACGGCUGCUAUUGA